AUGCCCAGUAUUGUCCACCUGGUCAUCCUGCUGAUGGCCUUGCUGGCGGUAACAACAGGGAAUCAAGCAUCACUACCCAAGACCACACAGUGGCCAUGACUGAAACCCACUAAAAAGCCUCUGCCUCGAGAUGAAGGGGGUCCUCCACAGCCUCCCGGCCGCUUGGGGUCCCAUCCGAUCACUACCACUGUGAGCCCCACCGCCAGUGGCAUCACAGAGGAAGCCACAGACUCCAUUAUGGAUGUGUACUCUUCUUCCCCCACUGAAAGCACCACCUACUCCAGUGAUGCUUAUUCUGCUGACUAUCACACGGAGGCCAUGGUUCCUCCUGGGGUCAGCCCAGGGGACUACACAUUGGAGUACAAUGAGUGCUUUUUCAACUUUUGUGAGUGCUGUCCAACAGAGAGAGGUCCUCCAGGACCGAUGAGAGAAGACAGUAUUCCGGGGGAAAAGGGGGAGAUGGGGCCUCCUGGACCUCCAGGCCACGAUGGACUCACUGGUGCUCGGGGGCCUCAUGGAGGAAAAGAUAGUGGAAAAUUCCUUAAAAAAUUCUUAUAUUUCAAAUUCCACUUGAUGUGUGCAGAUGAAAUGGACCUCAAAGGAGACAAAGGUUUAACCGGGCUGAUAGGAGACCCAGGGGACAUGGGAGAGCCCGGCUGGAACAGCACAAAGGGAGAGGCGGGCGAGCCUGGCAUACAAGGACCAGCUGGGUCCCCCGGAACAGAUGGCAUCAAGGGGGAGAAGGGUGACAAAGGAAACUGUCCAUUUGGAGAGAAAGGACAGAAAGGCAGUAUGGGGGAGCCAGGGCCUCAAGGGCCAAAAGGAGACAUGGGUGUGCCAGGUCUGAAUGGCACAGAUGGGCUUCCUGGAGCCAAGGGUUCAAAGGGAGACCCAGGACCCCCAGGUAAGCAGGGAGAGCCUGGUCCUCCAGGACCCCAUGGACCACCAGGGCAGAGGGGGAUGCCAGGGAUAAAAGGCACACAAGGCCUGAAGGGAGCACGAGGUGUUAGGGGAUUCAAGGGCUUUAAGGGUGAACCUGCCGUUCAGAAGUGCUCAGCCUUCAGGCCACCUGGCCUGCCAAUCAUGUUUGACAAAGUCAUUCACAACAAGGAGGCUCACUGGGACCCCCAUGCCAGUAAGUUCAACUGCACUCAUGGGGGAGUUUAUGUCUUUUCCUACUACAUAACAGCGUGUAAUCGCCCCCUGCGUGCAGCCUUGAUGGUGAACGGCAUUCAGAAACUGCAAACUCGCGACUCCCUUUACGGCCAGGACAUUGAACAGGCCUCCAACAUGGCAGUGCUGCGUCUGUCAUCUGGAGACCAGGUCUGGCUGGAAACACUGCGGGACUGGAACGGUGUUCAUUCUAACAGCGAGGACGACAACAUGUUCUCUGGAUUCCUGCUCUAUGCUGAUGCCACCGAGGACUGAUGGCAAGAAAUCACUGACCUCUGGAUGGACCAUUUUAGA